UUUACGUUGAUAUUGAUGUUUAGUACAAUUCAAAAUGUCAGCUCCCAUGGAUGGAAAAUCAACAAAUAUUCCUACAGUCCCUACUCACCACAUUCGUCUAAACCUGUGUGCAACUCGACCAUUAUAUAGAGAAGGAAGAAACCCUAAAGCUGUAAAAGUAUAUACAGUAAACCAAGAGUCACAGUACUUGAUGUUUCAGGAUGUACCAGCUUUGGGUACUACACAAGAAUUAAUUAAGCUUUGUGCAGUUCAUGGUGCUGUUGAAGAGUAUCGAUUAUUGGAUGAAUUUCCAACUGUUGACAAAUUUACUGAUGUAGUUUUGGUAAAGUACAAAAGAAUACAGUCAGCAAGACAUGCCAAGAAGAAGUUAGAUAACUGGUCAUUUUAUGGAGGUGUACUCCAUGUUACUUAUGCUCCUGAAUAUGAAAGUGUGGAAGAAACAAGAGAAAAGUUGCAGGAUAGACGCAAAGGAAUUGCUGCGAGACUAAGAAUUCUGGGUAAAGAUCAAUCUAGAAGAGGGAAGACAUUUGAAGGUCACAUUGAGAAUGAUAGUAAACAAGCACAUAAAGUUUCAGAGAGGAUUGAAAGUAGAAUUCCAGCUUUUCCAAGUUUUCAAAACAACCACAGCUUUCACAAAAAUCAUGUGUCAACAGAAAGCACUCAGGAUAGCAUUAGUAACAAAAUGCCACAUAUGACAAAUUUUUCUAGUGACCAUGGCAACAACACAAAUUAUUCAACACAUCAAAAUAGUCAACCUUAUUCAUAUGGAAAUCAUUUAAUUUCUACUCAGAAAAAUUACAAUCUUCAUCAAACAUAUUCUCAGCAAACUCUGGUGAUCCCACCACCACCAGUGAUAGAGCCUCCACCAUGUUGUCAACAAGCUCUGAUGAUCCCACCACCUCCAGUACGAGAGUCUUUUCCGAAUUAUUCAAAAAUAAACCAAAAUAAAUCAACAUUUGAUUUUGCUAGAGUUCCGACUGCUAAUGCACCAUUCCCUCCAGAUUAUGACGGAAGAAUUCCCCAAAAUGUUGUUGCUAAAGAAAUGAAAACUCAAACACACGACGAUGAUCUCAAAGGUGAUGCCAUUAAACAAAAUCCUUCUUAUUCAAACAAACAGCCUUCUCAGGGAAACUUAUCACAUCCAAAGUAUAAUAAAAUCUUUGAUAAAACUGGAGUAAAACAAGAGAAAAUUAUUAUCAAGGAUUUUAAGAAGUGUGGUGCAAUGCCUAAAUUUAUACCUCGACAGACAUUGAAUUUAUUGAAGGCAAAAUCAGAACAUGGAGAAAUAAAAGCAUCAGACAGGGAUCAUCUGGAAAUGGAAUUGAGGAAAAAUGCAGUAGUUUUAGGAAGUACACAGGGACCUGCAUUAGUUCCAGAGGAAUUCAAGAAGAAAGAAAAAUCAUGCACAGAAAAAGCUGUAGAACAUACUGUCAAACAAAUAAGGAAAAGGGUAUCCAUGUUCUCCUCUGAACAAGAAGAUUCCACAUCAAGAAAAAGGCCAAAACCUCCAUGAAACAGACAAGUGCAUACAUGAUCAUGAUUGUAAUGUUUCGAUUUGAUAUAUUUUUUGUAUUAAAAAAUGAAAACAACACUUUAUAAAUUUCAUGCGUCAGAAGCACUUUUCUGUAUUUACUUUCAUCAGAAAAACUCAAAGCCAAAAAGAUAAUUUGACUUAAUG